UGGUACCGGUACCUGCCUCCACCUUGACGCAGCUCUGACGGACCGUCAGUCGGCAUGACAACGCGCUCUCGAGGGCAAACCUGGAACGGCUGAUGGGCGCGAGGAUGGCAGCAAAAGAUGCCCAGUAACGGAAGCAGCGGCGGGAACCGAGCGAGCGGCGACGGGGGAGGCGGUACGUGCUCCGGCAGCGGCACCGGGAGCGGCUCGGUCCAUGUGCCGGCCAUGGAAAGAGCCCGACCGGCCACGGUGACGGUGUCCGCGGUGAGCCUGGCGCUCAGCGUGCUGUCGCUGCUGCUGCUGGUCACCGCCAUCUCCACCGACCACUGGUACCAGACCGACACCCGCCGCCACAAGGACAACUGCGACCGCCACGGAUCCGACUCCAACGACCAGAAGAACCGGGAGAUGCCCAUCUAUCACCUGCCGCUGGUGGACACCGGCAGCGGCGGCGCCCGGCAGCGGGACGUAGCGCUCAUGAAGCCCGUUCAUGUGGGCAGCAGAGAGGAGGAGCUGCUGGAGAACUGGAGGGCCAUCCUGGGGAUGGGCAUCCUGGAGACGGAGUGCGGCAGGCCGCUGUUCUCCACGCAUUCCGGCCUCUGGAGGAAGUGCUACUUCAAGGGCCUGGACCCGGACAUCGACAAGCUCAUAGACCGAGGUAUCGCAGAUCGCUGCACUGCCGUCAAAUAUCACUUCUCUCAACCAAUCAGACUCCGGAACAUCCCCCUGAACCUGACCAGGACCAUCCAGCAGGACGAGUGGCACCUGCUGCACCUGCGGCGGAUCACGGCCGGGUUCCUCGGCAUGGCGGCUGCCGUCCUGCUGUGCGGCAGCAUCGUGGCGUCAGUCGGGUUCUUCUGGGAGGAGAGUCUGACUCAACACGUCUCUGGGCUGCUGUUCCUCAUGGCAGGGAUCUUCUGCACCAUCUCUCUGUGCACCUAUGCAGCCAGUGUGACCUACGACCUGUCCAGGAACCCUCCCUUCAUCUAUGGUCUUCCAGCAGACGUGGACCACGGCUAUGGUUGGUCCAUCUGCUGCGCCUGGGCCAGUCUGGGUCUGACAGUGGCCUCCGGCUGCCUUGGAACCACCUUCCCCUUCCUGAGCAGAGCCGGAGCGCUGCGGUCCAAAACCGCCCGCGAGUCCUCCGUCUGAGCUGCUCAGGAGACCGGACUCACCUGGAACACACCUGGACCUGCUGCAGGUUCUCUUAGGUUCUAGACAGACUCCAGCUGGAGCUGCUACCUGUUUGAACAACAGCGCCUCCUUCUGGCUGGUUCUGAUGUGGACGUGAAGAAACCCAGUCCAGGCCUCCACAGUAUCUCCAUCUGGACCCCUGUUAACCUGGUUCAUGCUCACCUGCUCAGGUGGGCGUGGCCACUGUUGACAUCACUGAUUGGGUUCAUUGAUUAUCAGGCAGGAAGUUCUCCUGAUCAGUGGCUCAUCCACAAACUGUCAGGUCAUUGACCAGCUGAUGUAUGGAGUCCAGGCGAGUCCAGGUGAGUCCAGGCGAGUCCAGGUGAGUCCAGGCGAGUCCAGGUGAGUCCAGGCGAGUCCAGGUGAGUCCAGGUGACCAUCUUCACUCCACUUUAUUGUUUGAUCAGUGACACCCCCAGACUGGGCAGGAUAUUUACACACCUGUAGGAGGACCUGCUCACCUGACACCAGGACCAGCACCUCGUCCAGAACUUUUAAAACCACAAUCAGUCAUGAGCCAGACCACAUCUGCUGUUCUCAAGGUCCUCCACAGCUGGGCCAGGUCCUCCUGUGGUUUUGGAUCAGGUUGUGAAGCUCCGGACCUGUUUCUGCAGCUGUUGGUGGCUCCAUCCCUUCAGGAUCAUACUUUCUACAUCUUCACAGAGACAAUGUUCUAACUCCAGCAGAGAUUGCCUCAUGUGGAUCACAGAAUGUGUCUGAUUCAGCAGCUAGUCCAGAUCAGACUGCAUCUCUGUGUUUGGGAUUGUUCUCCAGGCUCUGUGGAUGGGAAGAUGGAAGAUCAAAGCUCCUCCAACUACAGCUCUAGUGAGGAACACGAAGGUGAUGGAGAUCUAUCAGUGAGGAACAACAUUCACACAGACCUUCUGAGGAUUUGGUGGACUUCCAUCACGUCAACCUUUGUAGAUGCAGAAAGCAGGAACUGGCCUGUACUGAGCAACACCUGAGGCAGCAUCCAAUCAGGAAGCCCCUCCAGUGUAAACAAGGUCAGCUGACCUGCUGAUGGACAAAUCAGUGUCUGUCUUCAGAGAGCUCGUCCAAUCAGGACACACGCUGUGUUUUUAUUCUCAGCAGUAGAUUGUUGAUGUUUAAGCCACGUGUUGACUAGAUGCGAUUUUCCCACAUGGUAACGCACCACAUCUGAAAAUCCCACAGACAACGGACGGUCACUAGUGGACGACAGCAUGGUCACAUGACAGCGCUGGACCAACAGCAGGUCACUACGUGGUCACAUGACCGAGCUUUCAGCUGGACAGUCCAGCACAUGAGUCGGAUAAACACAGAGCAUGUGGCAUUCUGGUCCGGUUGCAGUGUGUUUACCUGCAGCUCAUUUGCAUAAAGUAGACUGGACUUCUACUUUAUGCAAAUUUAAUGUGGCGUGAGGAGAUUCCACACAUCCUGAAACUGUCCUCAAACUUCUAAACCAGCUGUUGGUGAACUAAAACCAGGACAGAUUCUGCUGCUGCAGAUUAUUUCUCUCCUCAAAUGCUUUCAGAAAUAUUUUUCACUGAAGUGUAGCGACCCGCUAGUGACCGACAGCCGGCCUUGCGAUGUUCAGAUGUGGUGCGUUACCGUGUUGGAAAAUCACAUCUAGGGGACACGUGGCUUUAGUCACAUGUUAACCUGAACACGCAACAUACACACCACAUACACACAGAGCAGUGAAGACAGAGAAAGCAGAAAGAACAGAACCAACUUCAAUUUCCCCGCAGAUUAAUAAAGUAUCUCUAUCUAUGCGCAUACACACAACAUACACACAUUAACAUAAUUCACAACAUGAACACACAUCCACAUAUAGGGGGCGCUGCUGAUCCAGCCCUGCAGGUUGUUGGAGUCUAAUGUUGAUUUCUGGGCCCAUCAGAGACGUUUCAUAGCGGCAGGAUAAAGUCUGUUUCUCAGCUUCUAAACAAACAUCCUCAGAUCAGAUUUAAUCCAUAUGUUCAGACCCAAACAGACUAAAUCCUCAUUAGUCUUGGUCAUGGUGCCGGUUUCUGCUAAACUCCCACAAUGCUCUCUGAUUUACCAUGAACUGUAAUCUCAGUGACAAACAGGAAGAGGCUCCACCUGGUGGAACAACCAGGACCUGCAGCUGAUCUAUAGCUACAUCUAUGACAUCAUGGAGAGAAAACUGGUUUACUGCAGUACAUCCUACCAUCUAGUACUACAGUUAUCCUCUAGUACUCUCUAAAUGGUAAAUGGUUGUAUUUAUUUCGCGCUUUACAUGAUGAUACAUCACAUUCACCCAUUCACACACUGAUGGCGGAAGCUGCCAUGCAAGGCGCUAACCACGACCCACCAGGAGCAGUUAGGGGUUAGGGGUCUCACUCAGGAACACCUCGAUAUGAGCACGACGGGCCGAAGAUCGAACUGCAACCUUCCGGUUGUGAGACGGCCACUCUACCCACUGAGCCAUGCCGUCUCUAGUACUACAGUUAUCCUCUAGUACUACAUUCGGACAGUGUUCUUGUAUUCAUGCAUUGCAGAGACAUCCAGUUGUUCAGCAGAUACAGUGGACUGACUUGCUUUACUGUAAUCUAAUUGUAUUGUGUAUUAACAGGAAAAUGGAAUUAGAUCAGACUGAAUAUUGAAUGACUUGAAUCAGACUGAUGGCAAACAAACUGAAUCGGGACAUUCCUAGUUAGAAUGCCUAAAGUUCUCUCCAAGUAAAAAUCACAGAGACAGUAGGAGAACAGUAGAACCCAGAACCCAAACAUCAGCCCAGUGUGAAUAAGGCAGACUGAUCAGGACUGAAGCAGACCUCUUACUGCAGGGUUGAAUCAGCAUUCCUCCUCUCAGACAGACGUGUACAUAGAAGUGUUUUUAUCUGAAGCAGUGUUAUGUUAGUUUCAUACUUUCAGACGUCAGCUGCGAGCUGAGCCACAGACUGAACUGUUUAACCACGCUGACUGAGGAGAACACGUGGAACCUUUACAACGGAACCAAACGAGUCCCUUUACUCUUCAAACAGCCGACUCAGCAGGCACCUGUGGAACAUCAGAACCCUGUGUUGCUCUGGAGGAGAACCACCGUCUCCUCCACCUGCUCAGGUGUGGCCAGGUGACCAGGUACUGAUGCGUUCUGUGACACCUGCUGCUUGGUGCUUUGUUCCUCAUAAAAUGAAGGAGUCAACAUUCAGCCAGGUCUGAGGGCUCUCUAAUAAUCAGUGUCUUUCUAACGCCCCCUGAUACCCCUGAUACCCCAUCUCUUUACCCUCUGACUGUGCGGGCUGAGUGCAGUGACUGUUUCUUCGCUAUUAACAGGGUAUGUCUGAGAUAAUGUUGACGUCCAAUCAGGUAUAAAUGAUCAGCAUCUAUCCAGUACUCCUCAUCAGAUCCCUAGAUGCCUUCUGAAGCCCCUCCUCCUGAUACCCCAGAUUGAUCUGUUAAUAUCCUAAUUGCCUUUCAUAUUCUCUGAUACCCCAUAUUUUCUCAGAUGCCCUGUUUUGAUACCUCAUUUUCCUUAAAUACCCCCUGAUGCCUUCUGUAAUGCCUGAUACCCCACCAUACCCAUCAUACUGGUUCCAUCACUCACUCAAACCCUGCAAUAGGCUCUGCCACACAACAUACCCCUCACUGAACCUUUGAUGCCCUCUGAUGCCCCAACAUACUCUCUGAUCCCUACCAGUCCACUCGCUAUAUGCUAAGUUCUCCCUAAAAUUCCCUAAUUCCUCCAGAAACCCCUCUGGGGCAUUUGAGAUCAUUUGUUACAACAUUUUCCCCUCUGAAACCCACCACACCCUUUAAAAAUACCCAUCAUACCCCUCUAGUACCCAUCAUACCCUUUUAGUACAAUCUGUGAUCACCAUAAUACCUCCAGUGUCUUCAGAUUCCUGAUAUAUUUGUUGCUACCUCUGUUCUACCCUCUAACCAUGAUGCCCUCCUAUUCUCCUGCUGUUGCCCUCCCAGAUGCCCCUCAUUCUUUCUGUUGCCUAUGAUACCCCAUAAUACCCCUCCUCUGGUCUUAAUGCUCUGUAAUAUAUCACACUCCCAUACCUUUCUUGUAACAUGUGAUGCCCUUUGAUGCCCCAUUUGCCCCUCCUAUUUCCUGAUACCAAUGAAUACUCCUCCAUGGUUUGUACCGCAUCAUAUACAUGCUGUUACCCAUAAUCCUCUUCACUGUCUACCCCCAUACCCUGUCGUACCCUCUCCUUUACCCUCCCAAGACCACCUUUUCCACCCUAAGGAGACCUCCUUAGGGUGGAAAAGGUGGUCUUAGGUGGUCGUGUUGAAGAUCUAAAAUAAGUUGGACCAAGUGGAGCUUUGGAACAUGUAGAGAACAUAGUGGAACAUGUAGAGAAUGUAGCAACAGACAGUGAUUCUAAACUUAGCAAACUAAACUGAUCUGGAGUCUGAACCAGAGUCUGCUGACCUCUGCUGGUGGAGGUUUGUUUGUCUGGAGAUCCUGAAGUUUAAUUCCAGUAAACCUCCAGACCCUGAUGAGGAAACGACAUCCUAUUAUACUCCCCUAUUCUGUCUGAAACAUCCUCCCUGUCCUCUGCUGCCCCCUGCUGGACAUUCUGUGUGGUUUGUGUUGGGAUCCUGAUGUUGAGCUGUAAAUAAACAGUAUAAACCUGA